GCGCGACGUCGACGCGGACGACCUGCGCAACGUCGGCGCGCUCCAGGACGCGCUCCGCCCCCGCGACGGCGAGACCAAGGAGACGAGCGCGGCGCGCGCGCUGCCCCACGUCGCGCGGCGCGCGGCCGAGCUCGGCGCGCGGCUCCGCGGCGUCGAGAUCCGCGGCUGCGAGCCCGACGACGCGUUGCAGCGGCGCUGGCGCCGCGCCGACGACGCCGCGGCGGCCGCGGCCAAGGACAGGGACGUCGCCGCCGCCGAGGCGCGCGCGACGCGCGCGGGCGACCUCGAGCACGCGGCGCUCGUCGCCGCCGCGGCGCGAAAGUGCGAGCUCGCGCGCGUCGAGGCCCAGGCCGCGGGCGACCGCGCGGCCGCGGACCACGGCCGCGCCGUCGAGGCGCGCCGCCGCGCCGCGGAGCUCGAGGCGCUCGACGCGGCCCUGAAGCGCGAGGCCGCGGAGCGCGGCCACGCGGACGUCGUCGCCGCGGCGUCGCGGGACCUCGAGCUCGCGGCUGUGCCGAAUUCAACCGCUGGUUUGGGUGGUCCUGACCAAACUUGA